GGCUCUGCCUAGCAAUCUCUUAUAGUCGGCGAGCAUAGUCGAUAGAACAGUUGGAAUUCCUGAGGGGCAGAGCUUACCCCAGAAAGCCAAGACAAAAGGUUGGGCGUCGAUCUUCCUUCAACCAUCCUCUCCCCACACGAGCUGGGUGAGUCGAGUGAGUCUCACGAACUGCCGUGCCUGAGCUCCCCGCAUAGUACCCCGAACCCCGUCUCUUCCCCAUAUUCUGUUGAUGGGGAAGGUCAGGGGUCGAGGCCGUCAGACACAUAGUGGACGGUAAUUAUAUCUCUGGGCUCCUGGCGCAUGGUAGCGAGCGAAACGACUUUCAUAGACAGAAGCCAAGAUAGAGUUUCGAACUCAAUCUCGUACACUUGAUACUUCAACACUCAUAGGGCAACAAUGGCCGACGAUAUAGAGAAGUAUGCGCCUCAGGCAACGUCCGAAAAGGCCGAGAAAUCCGAAAAUGAAGAUGUAGACGUGGUACCGAUUCAACAGGAAGCUGUCGAAGAUGCUUACCAUAUUCACCUGAGCUGGCGAUCUUGGCUAGUAGUUUUCAUAACCUGCUUCGCCGUAAUGGCCCAAGUCUUCGUCGUCGUAGCAGCAGGGUCCGUAAUCGCCUUCAUCAUCCGCGAUCUCGGCGACGCGCCGAUAGCGGGAUGGAUCAUCCAAGGACCGCUCCUGAUCCAAAGCGUCCUCUCCCCCAUCGUCGGUCGACUCUCAGACGUUCUCGACCGGAAAUAUCUCGCUGCUAUCCCGCCGCUGAUCGCGUUCGUCGGAGCCGUUGUGUCGGCUACGGCCAAGUCGAUGUCUGUGUUGAUCGGCGGAGGCGUGUUGAUAGGGACUACGCUGUCGACUAUCUCCAUCGUGCAGGCUAUUCCCUCCGAGAUCCUGCCCUUGAAGUUCCGCGCGCUCGCAAACGGCUUUGCGUUUGUGGGAGGCGCUGUUGGUGGUCUGAUUGGCGCUCUGGGUGCUGGCGCCGUGACUAAUAUCAGCGCGUCGGGAUGGCGAUAUAUCUUCUGGAUCCAGGCUGCGUUCCACGGCGCUACGUCAUUGGGGUUGCUGCUGUUUUAUUUCCCACCGAAACAACAACGGCAAACUCCCAAAAUGUCAGUCCGAGACUAUAUCUGGGCCUGUGACCCUAUCGGCUCCUGUUUGUUCAUCAGCAGCGCCACCCUUUUGUUACUGGCACUUGACUGGGCCGGUGGUGCUUAUACAUGGUCUAAUCCGCAUGUCGCUGUACCGCUGAGCUUGGGUCUUGUUCUGUUAGUGGCAUUUGCAGGCUAUGAGUGGAAGGGGAGAUCCGAUGGUCUGGUAGCACACGUUUUCUUUCAGCAAAAUGCCAACUUCGUGUACUCGGUCUUCGCUUUCGCCGUCGAAGGUUGGAUCUUCUAUAGCGCCGUCAACUCAGUUGUGCCGCAAAUCAUACUGCAGCUUGGAUUUGAAUCGGAUGCGUGGCAAAUCGCCGUUCGCCAACUCAGUUAUCAGCUCCCCGUUCUCUUUACUUCUGUCCCCGUCACGUGGUAUGCUACGAGAUACAAGGACCUGCAGAGCCCGCUGCUCGUUACUUUCACGAUUUUCCUUGUUGUCACAAUAUCGUACGCUAAUAUCAAGCCAAGCUGGGACGCGCCUCAAAUCGGACUUGCUGUGCUUGCUGGGAUUGGCCAGUCAGGACCCCUCACUCUUCUGGUCGCCUGUGUGCAAUUCACUGCCCCUCACGCGUUCCUAUCUACGGCGACUGGUCUGGCCUUCUCAGCUCGUGCUAUUGGGGGCGCAUUCGGUUCUGCGGUCUUGAAUGCCAUCAUCAACGGUCGUCUCAGCGGACAUUAUGCGCCUGCUGUAUCCAAAGCCGCUGUAGAUGCUGGGCUUCCUGAAAGUAGUGUUGUUUCACUCUUGGAGGCUUUUGAUACGGGAAAUAUUGGCUCUGAUGCUGUGACGGGUGCCAAUGCGACGAUUUGGGAUGCUGCUAUUAGUGAGAGUCAGUGGCAGUACGCAUAUGCCUACCGACUCGCGUGGUCGAGCGUCAUUCCGUUCGUGGUACUUGCUAUUGUUGCUGUUGCUUUGCUCAAGGGCGUAAAGGAGUUGAUGACAGAGAAGGUCGAGGCUACUGUUGAGCAUAUUGAACGAAAAUAACAGAUCAGAUGCACUUGAGGCUAGAACAAGAGAAAUGGCAUACUGCUAAAUAGUACAUAUCUUAACACAUCAGCUACAUAUAGCUCAAAGUAGGCUAUUCGCGCUAUACAUCCGGCUAUAUAUCCGGCUAUACAUCCGGCUAUACAUCCAGUCCGGGCACUUGUUAUUUAGCUUAGGCGAUGUAGAGAGAUAAUAUCGUGUGUCUCAAUAUACCCUGCUUCCAAUAUCAAGUAUCGCCAUCUAAGUCUAACACAGGUGCUGUUGCUGACUCAAAGCUCGGUUCUACUUUAACUCUGGGAUUCUUAUGUGAGUAUACGAUUA